AUGCAGGUUGCGGCGGCGAUGGGCGCAGGAGCGAGCAGAGGUGCGUGGGCAGCUGCGGCGCAGCGGGCUCGGCUGACGAGCGCAGCAGGGGCACGGUCGGCAUCGGCGUCGGGCGAAUACGACCUAGCGGUGCUGGGCGGCGGGUCGGGCGGACUGGCGACUGCGCGGCGGGCGGCAGAGCACGGGGCCCGGGUGGUACUGGCCGAGGGUGGGAGGCUCGGCGGGACGUGCGUCAACGUCGGGUGCGUGCCCAAGAAGGUGACGUGGGAGGCCGUGAACACGCUCGAGGCGGCCAACCACGAUUUGGGGGCGUUUGGCGGAUACUCUGGCCCGGACGAUGCGCGAAGCCACGUUGAGGCCAAGAUCCACUACCCUACGCUCAAGGCCCGCCGCGAUGCGUACGUCGAGCGACUCAACGGGAUCUACGCCUCGGCGCUUAAGAACGCCGGCGGCAGCGGCGGCUCGAUCGACAUUCUGCGCGAGGACGCGCGCCUGUGGAAGGACAGCGAUGGCCACGUGGCUGGCGUUGAAGGUAAGGAGACAGGCACCGUUGCCAGCGCGUCGUCGGUGGUCAUCGCCACGGGCUCGACGCCGCUGUUUCCGGCGUCGGUGGCCGGCGCCGCCGAGCUGGGUUCGGACUCGGACGCCUUUUUCACCUGGUCCAAGCCGCCGGCAUCGGUGGCGGUUGUCGGCGGCGGGUACAUUGCUGUCGAGCUAGCAGGCAUGCUGGCGGCGCUCGGCUCUGAGACCACCAUGCUUGUCCGCGGCCCGCAGGUGCUUCGCCACAUCGACCCGCAGAUCGCAGACGUGCUCCACUCCCAGCUCACCAGCGCAGGCGUCGACCUCCGCCUCAACACCGGGGUCUCGGCAGUGACCAAAGGAAGCGACGGCCUGCUGGAGGUGGCCUCGCCCGAUGCACAGCUCCCGCUCGGCAUGUGGGACAAGGUUCUCUUUGCCACCGGGCGUGCGCCGCUGACACAGGGCCUCGGCCUCCGCGACGCAGGCAUCGAGCUCAACGACGCCGGAGCCAUUGUGGUUGAUCCACACCACCAGACCUCGAUCCCGCACGUCUUCGCCAUCGGCGACGUGGCUAACACGCCCGGCGACCUCACGCCGGUGGCGAUCAAGGCCGGGCGGACGCUCGCGGAGUGGCUUUUCAACCCGGCGGCUGCCGGCGCGCCGCCCCUCGACUAUGCCACCAUCCCCACGGUCAUGUUCACCCACCCGCCGAUCGGCUCGGUUGGGCUCUCGGAGGCCGAGGCCGUGGCCAAGUUUGGCGCCGACGCCGUCAAGGUCUACUCGGCGUCGUUCACCAACCUCUUCUACGGCCUCCAUGAGCCGGCAGACAAGCAGCCGACGUUGAUGCGCAUUGUAGUCAACACCGCCGACUCGGAGCGGGUCCUCGGCAUCCACGGCAUUGGGCGUGGCAUGGACGAGAUCAUGCAGGGCUUUGGCGUCGCUGUCACCAUGGGCGCCACCAAGGCCGAUCUCGACGCCACCAUCGCCAUCCAUCCCACAGCCGGCGAAGAACUGCGAGCAACAGUUCCCGAGGCCAGUGACAGGAGCAGCAGGCCGGGCGAGCUGGCCGAGUGCCGAGUGCCGAGGCGUCGGGCGAGCGCAGACUUUGUUGGCUAA